AUGGACCCUGAGGAGCAAGUUCCCUUCUCUGCAAGGUACAAUGAUGCUAUUAAGUGCUCAUUGUUUCUGAAUACUUUAUCCGGCUUGACACAAAAAUGGUUUGACGGAUUACCGAACGGGCCCAUCACUUAUUUCCACGAUUUCAAAACUGUGUUCUUGCGUCAUUUCGUCAGCAGCAGGAAGUACCAGAAAAUUGAUCAUUGUCUCUUUGCUCUUAAGCAAGGGUCAGCCGAGCCCUUGCGAAGUUAUAUCAAGCGCUUCAAUCAGGUGGCUCAGGACGUUCCAUCAGUCACCUCUAAAAUACUGAUGAGCUCCUUCUCUCAUGGACUAGUGGAGGGAGAGUUCUUCCGGGACCUCAUUCGGGAUCUCGUGAAGAACUUUGACGAGAUGCUAGGAAAGGCCGCUAGCUAUAUCAACGUGGAAGAGGCUCAGGUUGCUCGACGAAAAGCAGACAAGGUUCCUACUUCGACCAACAAACUAGAAAAGAGGCCACCUCAACCGCUAGCCUAG